AAGCAAACAAUGUCUUUCUUCUCCAAACCAGAGCAUUAGAGCUCACAAUGCCUCCUAAACGACUCUCACCACUCUUCCCAUGGCUGAUCAUACUCACCAUUUUCCUCCUUUUUCUUUACACUUCCCUCCUUCCCUUUCAAUCACCUUCUUCUUCUUCUUCUUCUUCUUCUUCUUCAAACCCACCUCUUAACAAGAUCCAUACUAAACCCACAUGCAAUUUCUUCAAAGGCCACUGGGCUAUGGAUCCCAAUAGAAUACCCAUCUACGAUGACACCUGCCCUUUUCAUAGAAACGCUUGGAACUGUCUAAGGAACCAGAGAGAAAACAUGGGUCGGAUCAAUUCCUGGAAAUGGGUGCCCGAAACUUGUGAUCUUCCGCGGAUCGACCCGCUUCGGUUUCUGAGUCUGAUGAAGAAUAGGAAUAUUGGGUUUGUUGGUGAUUCUUUGAAUGAGAAUUUUUUGGUCUCUUUUCUGUGUGUUCUGAGAGUGGCUGAUAUGGGUGCAAAGAAGUGGAAGAAGAAAGGAGCUUGGAGAGGAGCUUAUUUUCCCAAGUUUAAUGUCACGGUUGCUUACCAUCGAGCUGUUUUGCUUGCCAAAUACGAGUGGCAGCCAAAACAACCCUCACAUGGUGACCAAGAUGGAUUAAAAGGAAUUCACCGUGUAGAUGUGGACAUUCCUGCAGCUGAUUGGGCUAGCAUUGGUGAUUUCUACGAUGUUCUUGUUUUCAACACCGGCCAUUGGUGGGGUUUUGAUAAAUUCCCUAAAGAAAAACCCCUUGUUUUCUAUCAAGCUGGUCAGCCUAUACUUCCUCCACCUAACAUGCUGGAUGGGCUUAAAUUAGUUCUUGAGAAUAUGGCGUCAUAUGUUCAAAAAGAAAUUCCAAGCAAGACGCUCAAGUUCUGGCGGUUGCAGUCACCGAGGCAUUUUUAUGGUGGCGAUUGGAAUCAAAAUGGAAGUUGCAUGUUCAAUGAUCCACUUGAGGAGCUCCAGCUUGACUCAUGGUUUGACCCCAGAAACAAUGGAGUAAAUAAAGAAGCAAGAAUUCUGAACCGUCUGAUAAUAGAUUCAGUUCAAGGCACAGAUAUCCAAUUGCUCGACCUGACUCAUUUGAGCGAAUUCAGAGCGGAUGCCCAUCCAGCAGUAUGGUUGGGAAAGAAAGAUGCAGUGGCAAUCUGGGGUCAGGACUGCAUGCAUUGGUGCUUACCAGGUGUACCAGACACUUGGGUUGACAUCUUAUCGGAACUGAUUCAAAUCGGCUUGAAGACAGGAUGAUCGACGAUGAACAUGGAAAAAUAGCUUUACAGGCUCCAAAAGAGUAAAUAGCAGAGUUUCAGGAAAUAGAGUUGAGAAUUUUUUCCAUUGAUUGAGUUUGGCAAAGGUGUUGUCAUUGCACUCUAAUGAGGCAGCUCUCUUGUUCUUUCAUUUGUAGAGAUAUAACUGAAGUGUACAAUUGAUUGGUCUCCAAAUCCAAGCAGGGGCAAAAGUGUAACAGAUCAUGUUACUCUGCAUUUUCUGUUUUGUCAUUGUCAAAUUGAUAAAUCAUUUAAUUGAUUUUUGGUUGUUAGGAGGUGAUCCAAAUACCAAAUGGUUAUUUAUUAUAUGAAUUUUAUUUUUAUUUGAUUUAUUUAUUUUGGAUCCAUUAUAAAUGGUAAAUGAGGAGUUUGUGGAGUUAUAGCGAGUGUUACAGAAAACAAAAUUUAUUGAAUACAAAAUGAUAUUAAAUUUA